CUCCUGAGGACCAGCUGCUCAUUUCACUCACUCACACAAACGAACAUGGAGCUCUUCCUAAGGAUCUCUUGGAGUUCUCUGCUGCUUUUCACUGCUGUCUCUAGUUUUCCUGCAACAAAUGAAGGCUACAAAAAUCCUCCUGGAAGCUUCUGGAACUACAGAGCAGGUCGUGCAUCACCAAACCUCAGGUCUGGAGCUCUCCGUCCUCGCAUGUCUCAGCAGUUUGACCCUGUGUCUGCUGGAGGUGGACAGUCUGCAGCAGCGUCCACACAGUCCAGCUCUCCCCCUGCAAACCAGUCUCCACUCGGAGCAGCAGCUGCCAACAUGGCGGCUGUCCGUUUGAGUCCUCCUGUCUGGGGGAAGAAGACCCCUGUUCUGCAAAGCUCCCAAGUGUCAGAACCUGCAGAUGAUGUGGUCUCUGUGACCGCAGACUCUCCUCCUGAAGCCGAGCAGCCGGUGGAUGGUUCCUGGGUGGUGGUAGACCCGAGCAGAUGGUUUCCAGAUUUCGGUGCUAGGGCACCGAGUCCUGAGGCUGCAGCUCCACAGAGCGUGAGUGAGACGUCUCCGCCACGGCCUCCGUCCUACAUCAUCCAGUCCAGAAAUGGCUUCCAGCGAGCACGAGAGCACAGGUCCAGCUUAAAGUAUGUAAAAGAAUACCUGAUGCCACAAGUGAUUCCUUCUGACCCUGAAGACGAGGCUAUGGAGCUCCCACCAGAGCCUCAGGCUGAAGAGGGACAGGAAAUCUGGGGGUGAACAUGGUGGAGGAUCCUUGGAGAUUCUGUGACUUAAAUAAAGUUCUUGACCUGA